GAAGUAAAGCUAGUUGAAUUAUACUGUGAAAAUGUAGAGUCAUUCUGUGAUCCCGUUCAAGAAAUUUUAAGCAAGUUAGCUUUUAGGGCAGUAGAGAGAGGAAGUAGCUUGUAUGUUGGCAGUUCUUAUAGAGGAUCAACAUUGAUGAAGUAUGGAAAAUUAUUAUCACUUGUAUUUGAAAGAAGUAUGGACCUUCAUCAGCUGGUAGAUCAGCACAAAAUACUAGACUAUACAUUGAACUGGGCUCCAUUUGCAACCUAUGUGAAGCUUUUAUACCACGAGGAGUACUCCAAAUCACUUAGCAGCAACAGUGCAGAUUUGAUGCGAAACUUUGUUGAGGUUCUUAAGCGAGCAAGUGAAGCCUUAUCAAGAGGAAAUGUUUUAGUACAAGAUUUACAAAGAAUCUUGGGAAAAGCAGGCCACUUCAAAUCGAUUGUGAUGGAAAUAAAGGAUCUUCCUAUUAAAGCAGAGUAUUUAAUGGCUUCCCUUCCACUCAGGGAAAAGGAAUUGUUAACUUAUCAGGCAACUUUGAAGACUGUGCAGGACUUUAUGUACAUGUGUACAAGAUUCAAAGGUAAUACAAGAGAUUUGGAAGAUAGAAUCAAAAGAUUUGAAAAACUUGAAAAUGUUAGUCUAAAUAUGCUGUGUAAAGUUGCCUUUCUUGAAGACAUGAAAAAUCAGGAGCAGUAUCAACCAAUGAUUACUGCAUUUGGAAUGGAUGAAACUGUUCUUCAAAUAAUACCACAUAUACUAAAAUGUGGUCAGGGGCUUCUAUUCACAACAUUGUGGGAUAGAAGAGGAAAUGAAUUGGCAAAACAGAAAGGAAAAUCUUUAGAUUUGGAAGAAAUCUUGACAGAAGUUUGGGAACCAACAUACAGAUUUUGGGAUGAUUUGUGUACCAGGCUGAAAAAUGGUGAUUUGAAAUUUUCUGAAUUUGAGAAAUUCUUCAAAACAACAGAUAUGGAAACUCUGAGAAAUGAACUAAUGAAAUUGUGUCAGGAUGGAAAUACUAAAUGGAUUGAUGUUAGAUUGGAUCAACUUGAAAAAUACAGGAAUCUACAGAGUUGUUUAUUUGGUGCAAGAGCUAUAAUGGAAGUGGUCAAGGAAUUUGAAUUGACAGGAAAUUUUAAUCAGAUUUUGGAAAUACUUAAAUUAACUGGCGAUGCUGAUACAAAAAUGAAUACAUUGGAUGACAACAUGAUGAAAACCUGUAAAAUAUUAACAGGAAUUGAUGAAGAAAAAGCUAAAAGUCUGAGAACAUUUAUUUCCUGUAAACCUCUGGUAGUGUGGUUACGAGAAACUAUGCCUUCUGGACUGAAAGAACUUAAAGUGUUUGUUGACCUUGCUAGUAUAUCAGCUGGUGAGGGGGACUAUGAGAUUGAUAAAGUAAACUGUCUUCACUCAGCCACCACUGGAUAUAGUCCACUGAUUUUCAAUCUAGACCAGAAUUGUGAUGCUGCAUUAUUCCUUCAUAGAUGUGAAGAAGUCUGGAAGGAGCUGAAAGCUGACUCCAAACUCCCAAAGAAAUUGGUUGAUACACAAAGACAACUUGACUGGUUGAAGUCAGUAAAACAGACUCAUGGAUCUGUAGAGGUUACCUCCCUUGCACAAGCAGAAGCUAUCAAUACAAAUGGAAUCUACCAAGUGGGAAAUCUAAAGAAAACUGCCACAAUUAAAAACCCUACAUUGGGAGAGGUGUUAGAAUUAAGAGUAACAGAAGCAGAAGGACAGCGUCUACAGAGAAACCAAUACAAGUAUGAACAACUCCAUGACCUGCAGUCACGUCUAAUGUUGGUGGCAGGAAAAGCUGAAAAAGGCAAAGAUGAUGUAGACAGAUUUAUGUUGAUUUUAGACUCAGUAGUUCGACUUGGUAACAUCUACACAAAGCUGGUAGCAGAAGGCUGUGUAUUGUUCUCACAGUGGCAUGUCAAAUUUCUUUGCGACAAAACAAGAAAAGCCUGCGCUUUUAUCAAUUUUGGAUUUGGCGAGGAUAAACACACACUUAAAGGGAGAAUUGACGAAACAAACGAAGAUGUCAGUUCAAUAAUUCCAAAGCUAGCGAAGUUUCUUGAACAGUGUCAUAAAAAGUGGCUAGAUUAUAUUGAUGAAAGGAGGGAAAAAUAUUACUUGUUGAAUUUCUUCACAGUAGACCAAAUGGUCAUUCUUCAACAGGAAUUAGUCAAACUAGGGACGGAAAUUGAACCUUCAGUUCUCAUAUUUCCUAUGUUGUCUGCUGUAAAACAGGGCUGUACAAAGGAAGAUCUUGUGAGAGCUAUGGCUGCUGCUAAACUUGAUGUUGAAAAAUUAGAUUUACAGAGGGAAGAACAGAUGGAAGAAGAAAAUCAAGCUGAAGAAAUGGAUGCAGAGAAUGAAGCAGACGAUGUCAAAAUAGCUAAAUUCUUAGAAGUAAUGACAAAAUCUUAUCCAAUAGAAUUAGUCAGAGAGGCUCUGAAACAUGUUUCUCCAGAUGACAUUGAUGAAGGUUUGGUAUGGUGUAUGGACAAUGAAGAAACCUUUAUACCAGAAGAACAAGAUAGACAAUCACCAGUUCAGACUGAACAAAUGGAGAAAGAGGUGAACUACACUGGCUGGACACAAACUGGACAGUCACUAGCAUCUAUUACUGCAAGCCUUGUCAGCCAGCUUGAUGUUGGGUCAAAGGAGAAUGCAGUUGACAAGUUAGUCAAAACUUUAGAAGACUUGUGGAACACAUUCCUGAGUUCAAUAUCUUCCAGUGUGUCAGAUUAUCUUAGUGUAGAACAUCUUGGGUUGAUUCUGAAUAGACUUGCUGAACAAGAACAAAUGAUUGUAGACAGAACAUUUUUACCCAGCUUCAAGUCAGGAGAACCAAAUCUCAUUAUUUGUCCACAGAGUGAGAUUUACAACACUGUAUUAUCAGUGUACAGCCAUGAAGAUGAUAGACCGUUGCCACAAUCAGAUGAAGUGUUACUCUGUACACCACAAACUACACUCGAUAUGAUAGAAAUAUUUUGGAGGAGAUCUUUGUUUGCUAACAACAGUAAAGUUCAUUGUUUAGUGAAUGCUGACCUAUUGGAUUAUGAUGUGAGUGAUAGAGGGGAGAGAACUCUGGAGAGACUAAUGAAAAAUGCUGAAAGCAAAGGAAUGAAAUAUAGAUUAGUUGUGAUAUGUAGCAGUGAGAAUGAGUACAAGUCCCGUGUAGUAGCAGCUCUAGACAAGUACCAUAGACCACAGUUGCCUAUAGAUGUACCCAAUGUUAGAAAAUAUUUGCUAACAAAGUUGAAGGUUGAGAAGUCAACAACAGGAGUAAGACCAGCAUCAGCUGUAGAUUUUGAAAGGUGUAGUGUUAGAGUUGUAAAAUCAUGGAGAGCUGGGGUUGGAAAGACCUUGUACAAGAAAAGAAUGGUGGCAGACUUGUACAAACUGGUAUCCAACAUUCCAAGAAGAAUGUCCAGCAAUGUCACAAUUCCACUGCAUGAAAAAUCAAUUAAUACAAAUGACAUUAUGGACAUAUUCCUACAAGAGACUUUACCUCCAAGAUGUCAUGAACCUAGGAUAUUCCAUAUUGAUAUUUCCCAUGAGGUGCAAGAAGGUGUAGAUGCUUUCCUGUUCCAGCUAUUAAUUUUAGGAUGUUUGGGACACAGUUCUGGACAUGUAUGGAGAAGGUUAGAUGUGGAUUACUAUAUCAUUGAAUCCAUGCCUCUGCUAGCCAGGAGUACAGAUGCAAAAUUGAAGUGUUUACACCAUUGCCUAGACAUACUUCCACAUGUAAUGUGUAGAUCUCCUCAGGAAAGUCUAGAGAUAUUGACUGAUGCCAGACGACCCCCAGACUAUACAGAUCAUGAUAGACUGUUUGAUGGUAUAGAAUUUAAGAGUCCUACAUUCCAGAGACCAUAUCAGUAUCUUAAGAGAUUGGAUACUAAUUGUAGAUUAGAUGAUGUAAAUGCUAACAUUCCAGAGGAGGACAAGAAACAGUGUCUCAAUACUUUGCUUAGACAUUGUGGUAUAAGAGAUCCUUCAUGGUCAGAAUUGCACCAUUUUGUAAGUUUCUUGAACAAACAGUUACAAGAUUUUGAGGUAUCAGCUUUCUGUGGUUUGGCUGCUGUUGAAGAUUUACCAGGAUUUGCUAAGUUUGUACUCAGAUUCCUCAUUCAAAUGUCAAGAGAUUUCUCCACUAGAUCCUUAAAGGUCAGUGAGGAAUCUCCUAUACAGAUGCUACAGAGACAGGUCUCAGAUGAUGAAGAAGAAAACAAAGAUGAUGACAAUGUUAUCCAACUUUAUCAGAUGAGACGUACAUGGGAAACUAGUCCUCAUCCAUACUUAUUCUUCAACCCAGACCAUCAUAGUAUGACAUUCCUUGGAUUUAACAUAGACAGAAGAACUGGUAACUUGAUAGAUUUACAGACGAAGAAUGUUCUAGAAGAGGGAAUAAUGCAGCAGAACUUGUUUGAUGCACUCAGCAGAAACAGAGUCAAUCUGGCUGAGAACUUUGAUGCCCUCCCUAGACAUGAGAAGAUACUGAAGUUGUGUAAUGUGAUGGGACUGGACAUGGCACAUGACCCCGAUGACACGUAUGAACUGACCACAGAUAAUGUUAAAAAGAUACUGGCUAUUUAUAUGAGAUUCAGAUGUGAUAUACCAGUUAUAAUCAUGGGAGAAACAGGGUGUGGUAAAACUCGUCUGAUAAAGUUUAUGUGUUCGCUGCAACAACCACCAGGUGCUACUGUUGAUAAUAUGAUCUUAAUGAAGGUUCAUGGUGGGACCAAAGUAUCUGAUAUCAAAAGGAAAGUAAGAAAAGCAGAAGAAAUGGCAAGGAAGAAUGCAGCAGAUUACCCAUUCAUGGACACUGUAUUAUUUUUUGAUGAAGCUAACACAACAGAAGCUAUUGGUGUGAUCAAGGAAAUUAUGUGUGAUAGAUCUUUGGAGGGAAAACCAAUCAAACUGCAUGAAAAACUGAAAAUCGUGGCUGCAUGUAAUCCUUAUAGAAAACAUUCUGAUGAACUUAUCAAAAGAUUAGAACAAGCAGGACUUGGUUAUCAUGUCGACGCUGACAAAACAACAGACAAACUAGGUCGUGUUCCAAUGAGACGCUUGGUGUAUAGAGUGCAGCCCUUACCACAGAGCAUGUUACCUUUGGUCUGGGACUUUGGACAACUGAAUACAGAAGUAGAAGAAAUGUACAUCAGGCAGAUGGUCCUAAGAUAUACAAAGAAUCAGAAACUUCCAGCAAUCCAAGGACUGGAGGAUGUGGUCAGUAAAAUAUUGACAGUAUCUCAAGACUUCAUGAGAAAUCAGAAGGAUGAAUGUAGUUUUGUCAGUUUAAGAGAUGUGGAGAGAGUUUUAGAAGUCAUGAGUUGGUUCCAUAGACAAAGUGAAGAUGAUAAUUCAUUGUUCCAAAAAAUGAAUCAAGAUUCAGAUUACUCUGAUGCAGAAUCAGAAGACGAGACCAUGGAAAUGGAACAACCACAACAGAAUAUGGAUGAAGUAACCAGAUCACUGGUACUUGCCCUUGGAGUCUGCUACCAUGCCUGUCUGAAAAACAGAGAAGAAUACAGAGAAACAGUAGCUCAAUAUUUCAGACCACCAUUACAGUUACCAGGAGGUGCUGUCCAAAUUGAAGAGGAAAUAAUAAAAUGCCAGAAAGUAUUUUUAGACAGUGUAGAACUGGCAGAGAAUAUAGCAAAGAACCAAGCCUUGAAAGAGAAUGUUUUUAUGAUGGUAGUCUGCAUAGAAUUAAGGAUCCCUAUGUUUCUAGUUGGUAAACCAGGUAGUUCUAAAUCACUGGCCAAGACAAUAGUAGCAGACGCCAUGCAAGGAAAUGCUGCACAUAAAGCUCUCUUCAAAAACUAUAAACAGGUUCAAAUGAUAUCUUACCAGUGCAGUCCUAUAUCAGUUCCUGAGGGUAUUGUUGGAACAUUUAGACAAUGUGCAGCUUAUCAAAAAGAUAAAAAUCUAGACAGAUUUGUGUCUGUUGUUGUACUUGAUGAAAUUGGUCUGGCUGAAGAUUCACCAAAGAUGCCUCUAAAGACAUUACAUCCAUUGUUAGAAGAUGGCUGUCCAGAUGAUGAAGAUCCAGAGCCGUACAAAAAGGUUGCAUUUAUUGGUAUAUCCAACUGGGCCUUAGACCCUGCCAAGAUGAACAGAGGUAUUCUGGUUCAGAGAGAGGUUCCAGAUAUUACUGAAUUGAGAGAAAGCGCUGAAGGAAUUUGCUCUACCGACAGAGGAGUUUUGAAGUUUAUCAAACCAAUGAUUGUGCCAAUGGCAGACUCAUAUUUGGAACUGUUUGAAGAAGCUUCUAACGAAAUGAGAGAAUUUUUUGGUCUAAGAGACUUUUACAGCUUGUUGAAAAUGUUGUAUGCAUUUGUUUCAAAAUCAAGAAACAAACCAACAUGGCAGCAGUUGAAACAUUCCAUUCUCCGAAACUUUGGUGGAUUAGAAAAGGCUGAUCCUGUUAACAUAUUCUAUGGUAAAUUGUCAGGACUCGUCAAUAAACAUGAAGAGCCAAAUGAAGAUGAUCCAGACUGUACCUCAGCAGGGAUGAUCCAAGCUUGUCUGUCUGGUGCUAAAUCAAGCAGUGAAAGUAGAUACCUGUUACUACUAACAGAGAACUAUGGGGCUCUAACAAUUUUACAGCAGAAAAUUUCCAUGCACAAUGCUGUGGUCAUAUUUGGUAGCAGCUUUCCUAGUGACCAGGAAUACACGCAGGUGUGCAGAAACAUAAACAGAAUCAAAGUAUGUAUGGAGACUGGUAGUACAGUUAUUCUGUUGAAUUUAGAGAAUCUGUAUGAAAGCCUCUAUGAUGCCCUGAACCAGUACUAUGUUCAGUUUGGAGGUGAAAGAUAUGUAGAUUUGGGUCUUGGAACCCACCGAGUCAAAUGCAGAGUGCAUAAAAAUUUCAGGCUGAUUGUAGUUGCAGAGAAACAGAUUGUGUAUGAUAAAUUCCCUAUACCACUAAUUAAUCGAUUAGAAAAGCACUUUUUGUCUUUAAAAACAAUGUUGACACCAUGUCAACUCGAUUUGACAGAAAAACUACAAGAAUGGGCUCAGAAUUUCUGUGAAGCAAAAAUUCCAGCAUACAUGAGGAAAAAGAAGGACAUAAGAAAGAUAGGAGAUGCUUUUAUGGGUUACCAUGCCGAUACUUGUGCAGCCAUUAUAUUACAUGUUUGUCAGGAGAAAAGAUGUAAUGAUGAAGCUAUAUCUCAAAUUGAGAAGGAGAUUCUUUGUGACGCCCAGUCUAUACUUUUAUGGUGUGCCACUCCUGCUGCAGUUUGGCAACUUGAUGAUAAACGAGUGUUCAAUACAUAUUUCACAGAACAACACCAUGACAGCCUAGCUAAUUAUCUUCAUUAUAAGAUGGUGACUAUAAACAAAGGCAGUAUAUAUGCACAGAUUACAACAAAUUCAAAAUUAAUGUCAACGGCAGACAUUGAGAUCCUGUGCAGAUUUAUACCCAUACAGAGACAGAAUGUAACAUUAUUGACACUACAGUCUUUUGAUACAGAACAACAGUUCAACAGAAAAAUCAAAGCAUGUUUUGACCAAACCAAUCGUUCUGAUCUGUUACUUAUUGUACAAUGUGACUGUGGGGACCAGAAUGCUGACCUGAUUGCCUGUGCUAGGUAUACUGUACAAGGAGAGCUACAGCAGAUACCAGGAGAAAUGUCUACAGACAUACAUGUUGUUUUCCUUAUACAGCUUCCUGGAAUAGCUGGAGGAUGCUUCUCUGGAUUCCAGUGUGGAUUAUGGCAAUCUGUCCAUAUAGAUGACCUUCACCCUCCACCAGAAGAAAUCCCAUCAGUUUCAGAAAUGCAUGGUAAAUCUGUUAGUGCAUUAUUAGCCACCACUAAAGAACGACCUUCAGAGGUCAAAAUGGAUGUUAUGGAAGGUGACCAAAUGGAAAGAAUGGAGACAAAUGAGGAGGAAGUUGACCUGAUGGACAUAGAAUUACAAGAAAAAACGUCAGAUAGAAUUUUUACGCCAAAGAGACAGUUUCAUGUUGAUUAUCUGAUAAUGAAAUGUGUACAGCCUGCCCUUGGUAAUGUUAAGGAUCCACCUACAGAUAGUUCCAGGGCUAUAGAAAGGCUUAAGAUUAUUCUGAACAGUUUGCAGAAUGACUAUGGUGAUCUGACAGUUCUAUCAGGGAUUGCCAAACAUCUGACCAGCAUACUGAAAGAGAAAGAACAAGGUCCUACUACAAUGAUGACUAACUGGUUAUCAGCAGAGGCUUCAAAACCAGAGAACAUCAACAGAGCUGGUACUUUCAGGCGAUUUGCAGUUCAGUGUUUGGAGUCCAAAGUUAUACCGCUACUAGCUGGAAUUAUAGCUUUUAUAGACACAAAUAGAAAUCUGGACAUACUAACAUUUAAUGAACAGUGGAAAAUUGACUUGUGGUUGGAAGUCUUCAAUGAUCCAGAAUUGACUCAACUUAGAUACACUUGGAUAGUCUCCCCUUCUCGUCAGCAAGAAUUACAAGAAGUAAUAGUCAAGACAACAUCACUGGAAGGAAAGGUUUUCUCAGCCAUCAUGCCAUUUUCCUGGUUGAUAUUUCAGCAAAUUGAUGAAAUUUUGAGAAAUACUAUGAACACAAAAGAAGUUGGAGAUAGUUGGUUUGAUGUUGUAAUGAAAGCAACAGAAAUAUUCCAGGAAUUACCUCUUGGAAGACUUCUUUCCAGUACAGAAGGAACUUACAUUUAUCCACUCCUAAAAUCCUACAUCCUAGACUUUGUCCACAUGGUUCAUGCUGUCCAGUCUGAAGAGGAAUGCAAUCUUGUCUGUGAGACAGUGAGAAUAGGAUGUAAAAUUCUAAUUGAAGGAGAAUUUGGACGACUAUUGCCAUCUUUGUUGGGAUGCCACAUGACCCAUAUUUUACAUGAUGUUAGAUUUAAGAACUUUUCACAUAUAGUUCAUGUAUGGCCUGGUGUCAGUCGGAAAACAGUAGAAUUCCAGCAGAAAGAAUCAAAUUUUCAUCUGGUUACCGACGAGGAAAUAACAUUGGAUAUUCUGGCACUUCAUAUGUUGAUUGAUCAUCUUGAGCCAAGUAAGGAAUCGUUAAACAAGCCAGAAACCAGAACGAAAUGGUUAAGGCAAGUCUGUGAUUAUAGACCAAUUAUAGAAAGGAUAUUUGGACAUUUUAAUCAAGACACAGAUAGAAGAGAAUUUCACUAUGGUAAAAAAUGUCAGAGAGGAAUCGAACAAGCAAGGUUACAAUGGACCAGAGUGGUUGUUGUCAAGUUAUUUAUAGAACAUGUAUGUACAUCAGGAAAAGAAGAGCUGGAUAUCAGACGUUGUAUGCCAUUAUGGCAGACUUUUAGAGAGGGUGCAGAUAUGAAAGAUAUCAAAUCUUUAGAAAAGAUGGAGAGGUUCUUAAAGCUUUGUCAUAAGGACAUUGUAAAGAAAUGUUUUGGUGACCAAGCAAAAUGUAUAUCCUGUGAAAAUCCUAUAGAAGGGGCACCUGUCAGACUGCCUUGUGAUCAUGUGAUAUGCAGGAAAUGCUUUUAUGACUGUGUCACACUGAAGGAAUUUGAAUGUCCAAGCUGUCAUGAGAAGUUUCCUGGUGAUUUGAAUCCUGAUAAAUCUGAGAAUGUUGGUGAAAUAAGAAAGUACCAGGAUUACAGGACACGAUGUAACAGUUUCUUCAUGGAGGUGGUAUCGCAGCUUUGUUUUGCUGAGGGAACACCUCCGUCACAGGAAGUGAUUGAAAAGCUCUUGUCCUACAUCAUAGGCCACAGUAAAGGGAAGAAGGUAGAAAGAGUGGUGUCAAGAGAACUGACAAUCUUUGAUGAUUCAAUAGACCCAACCCCAGUUGUGCGAUCAUUCUUAUUACAACAGUUGAUGCAAACAAGUGGUCAUGAGAUUGAGAGCCAUCUGUUAGCCUACUUUAACUAUGCUGAUAGAUUAGUAGGAACUACAGGGGACAAACAACACCUUAUUGAAUUAUGUCUUCUAGUUAUGACCUGUAUGGAGGACUCAUUGCAUCAGCAGUAUGCAAACAGAGAGGAUGAAAUUACUAUGGCAACCAAAAUGUUAAGAGAUGCAGUUCAUAAUAUAACGGGUGACAUUGAAUUGUUAGAUAAAAUUGACAAUCUUUCCAAAGUGAGGUUUUCAUUGACGGUUGUUUCUAAAUAUAUACACAAGCUUUAUGGUACAGCACAGAAAUCUAUGCCAGAUCCUACAUUGAGGAAGUUAUUUGACGCUGCUUCUAAACUGUGUGAAGAAUGUAGAUCUCCAUGGCCAAGGAGAUACUUUGUGAAACAGUUGUGUCGGUGUUAUGGAAUAGACAGUUAUCAAACAGUUGUAACAAAAAGUGAAGCAAGCUUCCUUCGAUGGGUCCGUCUGCCAGAAUUAAAAGGAAAUAAGGUAGAAGAAUGCCAUGACAGAUACAUUGUGACUGGUGAUGAAUACAAAGAACUGAGAGAGACCAUUGUUACUGCAGUUCUCAGUGAAAACAGUGAAAAACUAGAACUCUUACUACAGAAACCACCCAACGAAUGGCAGACUAGAAUCAAAUUACUACUGGCUUUACAUAGAGAGAUGACUAUGAAUAAUGUGUAUGGAGGCCAGCCACAAAAAUUCACAGAGAAGGGAAAGGACUUUCUAAAUGAGUUCAUAAUGAACCAUGUGAUUGUUAGAAAUAAGGAAAUAACACAGGGUAUAUUGAAAAAUACCUUAUGGAGAUUACCAGGAAACAUUAUACCUGGAAUGGAAUUAGCUGACCAGAACAUUUCUUGUCUACUGACACAUUUUCUUGUAAUGAUAGUGGAAAUUCCAGGGAAGACAACACUUCUUACCCCACUACACAGAAUAGCUCUGGCCCCUCAAGGCAUGGCUAAUUCCUUUUUUCCUACAAUGCCACAAGAUGAAGUAUCAGAAAUAAAAGAAGCUCUUCUGGCUGCCAGACAGCAGACUGGGGAAAAUCCAGUGUUUUACAGGUGUCCUAAUGGUCAUCCAUAUGUAAUAGGAAAUUGUGGACGCGCUGCAACAGUUGGUAUUUGUAAAGCCUGUGGGAGGGAGAUAGGUGGGGAAGGAUAUCAACUCAGAGCUGGAAAUGAAUUGGACACUGGUCUUGACAGAACUGAGACAGGACACAUAUUAGGAAGAGCAACAAACAUGGGACCUGUGUCUGCCCCAGAGAGAAAAUUACAUAGGUCAUCAUUUGCAGUACUUAGACUGUUAACCCAUAUCUCUAUGUAUGUAGGAGCUAAUGUCAAUCUACUGGCAGUUUGUCAGUCAAUCAAACCAAAUAUUGAGCAAGCAGAUGUCGGUAGAUAUUUGAAAGAACAUAUUGACCUUGACCUAACCUCUGUUCAGAAUGUCCUUGGUAGAAACAAAGAUGAAAUCUUGGUUCUGAUUCAUUUCCUGCUGGCUAGGAUUAUGAAUGAACACACAAUAGCUGUCAUUGGAGAAAAUCAAACUCCAAAUGUUUGUGGAUUACUGGAUAAAGCAUCAAGAUCCAAGUGGGAGGAAGAUUUUGCUAAAAGAUAUAUUGAACCUGUUAUCCAGGACAUGCAGAAUAUCUUGAGAGUGAUUACUGGUAAAAUCUUGAAUGACCAAAGACUUGGAGCUGAUCCACUGCUUCAGAUACUAUAUGAAACUGAUAAACCACAAGAUACAGAGGCCGUUGUGCAAUUCCAUGAUGUUCCUUCAGUUUGGAGAUAUAGGGCUAUGAUAACUGUUAAUCAUCUACAACAACAUCUUGAUGCAGCAACAAUGAAAUUACAUGUUCUAAGAUUAUUCCUCAAGGAGGAACACCACUUGAGAGCUAUUAGAUUUGUCCCUAGUAUUAUAAGGCUGCAAAAAAUGCUGAUACAGAAGUACAACAGAAAAUUAGACAGAGCUGAAGCUACAACACUGACCAUUGCAGAUGUUAAAGUACAGAUGAGACAAGAGAGAAGACUGAAAGAAUUUGGACAUUUAUUGGAAGAUUAUAUUGAAGCUUGGAACUGUGUUAGAGAAUCAUUAGAAACAUAUCGGUGUCCAGCCAAUGAGAUUUUGGUGACAGUUGACAAAGAAUAUUGUAGGAAGGACAUUACAGAGGACACAUCAAUAUCACAUCUGAUACCUACAUAUAAGGAUGCUGGUCUUUGCUCUUAUGCUCUCCUCUUUUUCCUGUUGAAGAAACAAAAUAUCUUCCUAGAUAACUACUGUUCUCAGACCAAGCAAAAAGAGGACAAUCUUCCUAAAGUUCAUGUGAAGGACAUAUCAUCUGCUCACCUGAUUAGUUACCAUCCUGACAAAGAUCUGUUACCCAUGGUGUUAGCAAACUGUAAUUAUUCAUUUGAAGUAGGACAGGGAACCAGAAUAGAUUACAAUGUUACUAACCUUGAGAGACAGUUGAUGGACAGAUUCCUCUUUUCAAAAUCUCUCAUCACCAAAAUCCAUGAGAUAGAGACAAUCACUUAUCGAUCUGAAUCUACUAAUGCUGUGGUCUUCAAAAGUUUAUAUCUGAGAGUUAAACAGGAGAGACUUAACCCAGCAGUUUUGAGUCAGAUAUGUGGAGAAUUACGUCUAAAAUCCUACCCUGAUCUCUGUGAGAGUUUAGACAAGCUAGACAUUGCAAUUAGCUUUUUGAAGUCUGUAGGAUCUGAUCCAGAAAGUUCAUUGAAUGACUUUAUGACAAACACACUGAAGAUGGACAAUCCAUUUCCUAGUCAAAAGGCACAACAAGCGACUAGAUGUAAACAUACUAUGUCACUGUGGAUUACUUUAGCAAUGGAAAGAGCUAAAUUCCUGGCUAAAUACGACAAGAAAGCUUUUGAAGGAAUAUCAGAGAACUUUAAGAAACCAUUAACACAAGAACAGACACAAGGUGUUGAGGAUAUUUUAAACAAAUUACCUAUAGAACUGAUUGAUGUCUUUGUGGAGUUAUUAUUUGAAUGUAUUGUUCUAAAAAUAGACGUCCCACAGAAUAUUGAUGAUGAAGACUAUGUUGAUAUGUCUAAAAUCUGUUUACGUGAUGCACUAAUUGGAUAUCUUGAUGCCUGUCCAUAUGAUGAGGAUUUGACAAUAGAAGAUACUUUAAUGACAGCCAUUGGUCAGUUACCAUCAGAUAAAGAGGAUACCAACAGGAUAUCGACAGCACAGUCUAUAGAAGUCUGGAGUCUAGUCAAUAAAGUCUUUACAAGUAAACAAAGACAAAGACAUUAGAUAGCAAACCAGAGGAAAAAUAUCAAAUAUAUGUGCCAUAGAACAUUUUGAGUGAUCUCAAAUUUUUUGGUAAUUCUCUCAAUGUAAAUGUCUUUGAAUGAAUACAUUGAAUAAGAGAUGAUUUUGACAGGUUUACACUUAAAUGCUACGGUACGAAAUUUUACAACAGCACAAAGUUGAAAUCAUGUUUCUACAUAGCUGGGAUGCACAUGAGCUAUGACAAUAUAUGUAUGCAUAAUAAGUAAAUGAGUAGACCCGGUGUUUUUGUUUUUGUUUGUUUAUUUAUUUUUUCACUUGUUUGAAAUCCUUAGAAUGUGAUAUGAUAAAAAUAUUUCAAAAAAAUGUAAAGAGACCAUUGUGAUAUGCAAAGUAUUUACCAAAGACGCAGGUGCAGAUUCUAGUUGCAAUAAAAAAUAUAUACAGGAUUUUUUUUUAUCAAAUUAAUUAAUGGGACCAGUUAAGAUAUUUUCAUUUGUUUACUGAACAUCAUAAUACUUGUUACUUGGGUAACUGUAAGUUUGUUGAUCUUGUUUUUUUUUUAAUUAUUUGUUCCAUUCUGCACUCGGGUUUCUAUCAUGUUUUGUAAAUAAAAUGAUAUGUAAUAUGUAGGUAUAAGAUUUUUUUAAAGCUUGAAAUUUUGUUUUAAUUCAGUUUCAUAUAUUGUCUUUCAUUAAAUUGUGCAAUUAUUGAUAUAUUUAUAUUCAAAUUGGUUGUCCUUUUUUGUUGUUGUUGAAUAGAAAAAAUGUAUUGCCUUAAUUUUUUAUAAUUUGAAAUUUUGUAGUCAUAUUUUGGUAUGGGCAUGUUAUGAAGGUCUGCCAAUAUGUUGUCUAGUGUGUGUAGAUGUAUUAUUCCAGACAAUGAUAGUUUAAAAAUUGGAAAUCACAAAGUUUUAUAAGAGCAGUACUAAAAUUAAGGACUUAAACCACAUAGGUUAGAAAAAUGGGAAUACAAUGCAUUCAGAUCAUUUAACCUUUAUCAUUGCCCACUGAUGUUUUUUGUAUUGCUGUGUUUUUGAAUAUUUGAAUAUUUCCGUCUGAAAAGUGUGUUUUAAUAAUUUAUUUAAAACACAAAAUGAGCUGUAUUGAUACAUUAAUAAUUCGUGGAUUGUAACAUUCUUUAGUCCUUUUAAAAAUAAGUUAAUUUUAUUAGUAAAUAAGAAUGAUAUUAUUAUCUGGUCACUUCUAUACAAAAAUAUCUCAUUUCAUUAAUUUUGUGAUGACUUCCUGUGUCACAAUUGUCUUAUUUGACCACAAAAAAAAAUGUCAUUUUAAAUAUAGUUUUGCUUAAUUUGAAUAGGAACAAUACAGCAGGUGUUUGAUAAUGACCUGAGUUUCACCUAAGCAGUUUUGGUUUCAACAUCAAGAUAUUUAUUUUAAACAGCUCUUUGUAACAUUAAAUAGAGUUGACCAGUACAUGUAGCAAGAAAACUAAUAUGAGUUUUGGCUGAUUAGAAGUAGAUCAUUUUCUAAAUUUCAUUUAUCUGUUACACAUGUUAUUAUAUAUUAUUUCUGUUGUAUUUUCAAUAGUAUUAUGAACUUUUUGUCUCUUCUUUACUUCUACUUUUCUUUUCUUUUUAAUUUGCUACAGUAUUUAGUAAUAUAAAGUCAAAACAUCUGUCAGUCCUUUUUAAAAUUUGCUGAUGUUUAAUCCGAUCAGAAGGAUUCUUAAUAUAGAAUUAAGUCAAAUUUGUAGUCUGAUUUUGAAAAUUAUGAUUAACAUUAUACAAUUAAAUAAACAAGGAUUCAUA